GCAGUCCGCCUAACUAGGGCUCACACAGGUGGCUGCUGGGGCUCUGGACAGACGCGCUGUUGUCCAACUGUUGAAACUUUCCAAGCAGCCGCUGUCACCGCACGGCUUCCGCAGAUCCAGGCAUCUCCAAGAUGGCCGCCCUGACGCUGGCCUUCAGCCUGCUGCUAUUUGUGCACGUGUCGUCGGGGGAGGAGCUUCCGUCUUCAGCACACGUCUGCACGGGGGGCAGCUGUUACCCGGCAACCGGGAACCUUCUGAUUGGACGAGCCGUCAACCUGACAGCCACCUCCACCUGCGGUUUGGACGGGCCCGAGAACUACUGCAUCGUCAGCCACCUGCAGGAGUCAGACAAGUGCUUCCAGUGUACCUCCCAGCGUGGCCCCGACGGCGCCCAGUCGAGGACCAGCCACGGCGUGGAGAACGUGAUCUACCUGAAGGACCGCCACGGGGAGCUCACCUGGUGGCAGUCGGUCAACGGGCUGGAGAGCGUCAGCCUCCGCCUGAACCUGGAGGCUGAGUUCCACUUCACUCACCUCAUCAUGAAGUUCAAGACCUUCCGGCCGGCGGCCAUGCUGAUCGAGCGCUCUUCGGACUUCGGGCGGUCGUGGCGACCCUACCGGUACUUCGCCUACAACUGCACCAAGACCUUCCCCGCGGUGCCGGCCAAUGGGCUGCUCCGGAUCAACGACGUCGUCUGUGAGGACCGCUACUCCGACAUCGAGCCGUCCACGGAGGGAGAGGUGAUCUACAAAGUGUUGGAUCCCGCGAUCCACGUCAAGGACCCCUACAGCCUGGAGAUCCAAGAGCUCCUGCGCAUCACCAACCUGCGGAUCAACCUGACCAAGCUGCACACGCUGGGGGACAACCUGCUGGACCGCCGGCCCGACGUGCUGCAGAAGUACUACUACGCCCUGUACGAGCUGGUGGUACGAGGCAGCUGCUUCUGCUACGGACACGCCUCCGAGUGCGCCCCCGUGCCCGGCGUGGACACCAGGGAGCCCGGCAUGAUCCACGGCCGCUGCGUGUGCAAUCACAACACAGAGGGUCUGAACUGCGAACGGUGCCGACACUUCCACCACGACCUCCCCUGGAGCCCGGCGGAGUCACAGAACCCACACACCUGCAGAGAGUGUGAGUGCAACGGUCACUCCAGCCAGUGCCACUUCGACAUGGCCGUGUUCCUGGCCACGGGGAACGUGAGCGGGGGGGUGUGUGACGGCUGCCUCCACAACACCAUGGGCCGCAGCUGUGACCUGUGUGAGCCCUUCUACUACAGAGACCCCCGCAGGGACGUCAGGGACCCCCAGGUCUGCACCGUGUGUGACUGCGACCCGGUGGGCUCCCUGGAGGGGGGCGUGUGUGACGGACACAGCGACCUGGACGCCGGGAUGAUCGCGGGCCAGUGCCGCUGCAAGGCCAACGUGAAGGGGGCGCGCUGCGACGACUGCAAGGAGGGCUACUACGGCCUGAGCCAGGAGGACCCCCUGGGCUGCCAGCCGUGUAACUGCGACCCGCGGGGGAUCAUCAGGGUGGGCGCGCCGUGCGACCAGAUCAGCGGAGACUGCUCCUGUAAACGAUACGUCACGGGACGCCACUGUGACCAGUGUCUGGCAGAGUACUGGGGUCUGAGUAAUGACCUGGCCGGCUGUAGGUCAUGUGACUGUGACUUUGGAGGAGCCUUCAACAACGGGUGCAUGGCGGAGAACGGGCAGUGUGAGUGCAGGAGGCACCUGAUUGGACGGCAGUGCUCCGAGGUGCAGCCGGGGUACUUCUGCGCUCCGCUCGACUUCUCCAAAUACGAGGCUGAGGGCUCGGACGUCACAGGCCACGCCCCCGAUGACUCAACGCUGCCGGGUAAGGCGAGGCCCCAGGCGGAGGUGGACUGCGUGGAGCAUCUCAACAACCAGCUGCAGCGCCACCGCCGCCACCGCCGCAUGGCCACCGCCAAGCAGCAGAGGGCAGCGCUGAGGCGCAUCCGCCAGCUGCAGCAGACGGUAAGAGGAAGGGCGGUAAUGAGUGUACCCAGGGAGCAGCAGCCGGGCCGCCCCCCCUCCUGGACCGGGCUGGGCUUCGCCAGGGUCCCCCAGGGGGGGUCUCUGGAGUUCAGCGUCGCCGACGUGCCCUUAUCCAUGGAGUACGACCUGCUGCUGCGCUACGAGUCCCAGGUCAGCGUGCUGCUGCGGGACUGGGAGGAGGUCCGGGUGACGGUGGUCCGGCCCGGGUCCAUCCCCACCAGCAGCCCCUGUGGGAACACCAUCCCCGCCGACGACCGGCUCACCACCACCCUGCCUGCUGGAUCCCGGUUCGUGGUGGUGCCCAGGCCCAUAUGUCUGGAGAGGGGCGUGGCCUACACCCUCCGUCUGGAGUUCACACGCUACGGCGACGCCAACAGCGUCUCUGGGGGCGGAGCCGAGACCAUCCUGCUCAUAGACUCUAUCGCCCUGCUCCCCCGCCCCUCCUCCCUGGAGAUGUUCAGCGGGGGGGACGCGGGCUCGGAGGUCCGUCGCCAGGCCAUGGAGCGGUACCGCUGCACGGAGGGCCCGCGGGGGGUCAGCCGCCCGCUGCUCAGCGACACCUGCGCCAAGCUCACCUCCAGCAUGUCGGCCGUGAUCAACGACGGGGCGCUGCCCUGUAACUGCGACCCCCAGGGCGCGGCCAGCUCUCUGUGUGACGUGCGGGGGGGCCAGUGUCGCUGCAGGCCCAACGUGAUUGGCCGACGCUGUGACCAGUGUGCUCCAGGGACCUAUGGCUUUGGCCCAUCCGGAUGUAAAGCAUGCGGCUGCAGUGUGGAGGGCUCCUCCUCGCGGCUGUGUGACGGCUCCAGCGGUCAGUGCGCGUGCCGCGCCGGGGCCUUCGGUCUCCGCUGCGACGGCUGUCAGAGCGGCCACUGGGGCUUCCCCCACUGCCGGCCCUGCCAGUGCAACGGCCACGCCCUGCAGUGCCAGCAGAAGACAGGAGCCUGCAUCGACUGCAGGGCCAACACAGGCGGAGACCAGUGUGACAGGUGUGCCGACGGUUACUACGGCAACCCCUCUCUGGCGUCGGGCAACCAUUGCCGGCCCUGCCCAUGCCCGGACGGACCCAACAGCGGGCGUCACUUCGCCGACUCCUGUUACCAGGACAACCACAACGGACAGAUCGUCUGCAACUGUAUCCAGGGUUACACAGGGAUAGUUAAACGCUCUGGAAAGACCAUUUUUAAGCGCGCCCGGUGCGACGAGUGCGCCCCCGGUUACCACGGCAACCCCUCGGAGCCCGGCGGCCGCUGCAGGCCCUGCCAGUGCAGCAACAACAUCGACAUGUCGGACAUGGGCUCGUGCGACCGGCGCAGCGGCGAGUGCCGGAAGUGCCUCUACAACACCGAGGGGCCCAGCUGCGGCAUCUGCAAGAGCGGUUACCACGGAGACGCCUCGCGGCGCAACUGCAGGAAGUGCACGUGUAACUUCCUGGGGACGACCAGCAGCCAGUGCACGGAGCGGGAUGCGUGUGUGUGCCAGCGGUCCUCGGGCCAGUGCCAGUGCCUGGACAACGUGAUCGGGCUGAGCUGCGACCACUGCGCCCCCGAUCACUGGAACCUGGCCGGGGGGCGGGGCUGUGAGACCUGUGGGUGUGACCCCCACAACUCCGUCAGCUCCUCCUGCAACGAGUUCACUGGCCAGUGUCAGUGCCGUGACGGCUUCGGAGGAAAGACCUGCACAGACUGCCAGGAGAAGUACUGGGGAGACCCCAGGACCCAGUGCAGAGCCUGUGACUGCGACUGGCGGGGCAUCGAGUCGGCCCAGUGCGACCGGGCGACGGGCCACUGCGUGUGCAAGCAGGGCGUGUCGGGGGUGCGGUGCGACCAGUGCGCCCGAGGCUUCUCUGGUCUGUUCCCCGCCUGCCAGCCCUGCCACCAGUGCUUCGGGGACUGGGACCGAAUCGUCCAGGACCUGGCGGUUCGCACCAAGACCCUGGCGGGCCGGGCCCAUGAGAUCCAGAGCACGGGGCUGACCGGGGCCUACGAGAAGGCCUUCCGGGACCUGGAGGAGAAGCUGGCCCAGGCCCAGGGGAUCGUCAACGCCCGCAACGCCACCGCCACCGCCGUGGGAACCCUGAUGGAGCUCAUCGAGGACCUCAGGGCUCAGAUCGGCGAGACCACGGACACGCUGAACCGCCUGGAGGGGGAUCUGACCAUGGUCCAGGACAGCAACUCUGAGGCCAGCAAGGAGCUGAGUGCCCUGGAGAGAGAGGCCAAGGCCCUGAACCUCACCUCAGAGCAGCUCCACAGGCAGCUGGACGUCCUCAAGAACUCCAACUUCCUGGGGGCCUAUGACAGCAUCCGCAGCUCCUACAACCGGUCACGUGACGCGGAGCGCCGUGCCAACGAGUCCACGACCACCCGGCCCAGCACCGUCAGCCAAUCGGCGGACAUGCGCCGCCGCACCGAGCGCCUCAUCACCGCCAAGAAGGACGACUUCAACCGCAAGAACGCGGCCAACAAGCGGGCCCUUGGGGACCUGAACGGCCGCGUGCAGGGCCUGGACAUGAAGAAGAUCAACGAGAAGGUGUGCGGGGCCCCCGGCGACGCCCCGUGUGCAGACAGCCCGUGCGGGGGCGCCGGUUGCCGUGACGACGAGGGGAAGCGGCGCUGCGGAGGCCUGAACUGCGCCGGGGCGGCGGCGGAGGCCGGGCGGGCCCUGGAGAGCUCCCGGCGGGCGGAGGAGGAGCUGAGCAAGGCCAUGGGCGAGGUGGAGGGGCUCUUCUCCAAGGUGGCGGAGGCCAAGAGCAGGGCGGAGGAGGCCAAGGGCCAGGCGCAGGCGGCGCUGGACCGAGCCACGGCCACCAAGAACAAGGUGGAGCGCUCCAACAACGAGCUGAGGGACCUCAUCAAGCAGAUCAGAGAGUUCCUCACGCAGGAGGGGGCGGACCCGGACAGCAUCGAGGCGGUGGCCAACCGCGUGCUGGAGCUGUCCAUCCCGGCCUCGCCCCAGCAGAUCCGACACCUGGCGGAGGAGAUCAAGGAGCGCGUGCGCAGCCUCUCCAACGUGGACGCCAUCUUGGAGCAGACGCAGGACGACGUGCGCAAGGCGGAGCAGCUGCUGCUGGACGCCAAGAGGGCCAGGCACAGUGCGGAGGGGGUGAAGACCACCACGGAGACGGUGAAGCAGGCUCUGCUCGACGCCAAGACGGCUCAGGCCACCGCGGAGGAGGCUAUCGCCAGGGCCAAGUCCGACAUCGGGGACACUGAGAACCGUCUGGCACAGAUCGAGUCGGAGACGUCCAACAGCGAGAAGGACCUGCGGGACGCGGUGGAGCGGCUGGGCACCCUGGGCCAGCAGAUCGACGCCCUGAAGAACAAGAGGGUCGGCAACAACAUGGCCGCCGCCCGCGCCGAGGAGACCGCCACCAUGGCCCGCGACAAGGCCAACGAGGCCAAGCAGAUCCUGGAGGGCCAGCUGACGGAUAAGUUCCAGGAGGUGCAGCAGCGGGUGGACACCAAGGCCCGGGCGGUGCAGGAGGCCAGGCAGCGGGCCGAGGGCCUCCGCGACCAGGCCAAGGAGCUGCUGACCGACGCACAGAACAAGCUGCUCAGACUCGCAGAGCUGGAGAAGGAGUAUGAGGAGAACCAGAAGAGGCUGGAGGGCAAGGCACGCCAGCUGGACGGGCUGGAGGACAAGAUGAAGGCCAUCCUCAGCGACAUCAACAAGCAGAUCCAGAUCUACAACACCUGCCAGUAGCCCGGCCCCGGCCAAUCAGAGCCCCUCCUGUUGCCCCCGCCCCUCCCUGUCCCCUCGAGCUUCACUGGUCUGCACUGAGACUACACUAUGCACUGUUGUCCAAUCACGUUAAAGAUACUAGAUGAGGGGGCGGGGCCUGAUGUAAGGGGAAGAGAUUCGACUUUUGGGAAUGUGCUCAAUGUUGUCAGUUUUAAGAAAAUGCCCCUGUACGUAUUUUUAAAGUAACAUUUUUCAAAUUGUUUAAUAUUUUGUCUGCAACUGCAAACGCAAAGUCAUUGUUUAUUUUCUUACUGCCAAAUAAACCAAACUACUGGACCUGUCUGAGGCCCGUGUCAGCUGUCUUUCUGAUGCCUUCACUACUUCAUGACACCAAAAUCAAUCAAUU